GUCAGGUACUUAAAACAGUGCACUUGAGAUAAAAGAUAAUUCAAUCGGCUUGCAAUUAUGCACUCAGGUUCAAUAUUCAGUGUAUUUCGAUACAUAGAAAACGUAAAACAUGUUUAAUUUGUUACUGUCAAGCGUUUCACUAAUUUGUUUGGUAAAUUCGGCGAUGUCGCAACAUUCCAAAUGCGCGGGUUGUGUAUCGGAUUUGAAGGAAAGCGAUUGUGCAAAAGGAGAAUUUUUACAGUACGAACCUGGAGUGUUAUUCGGAUGCUGUCCAGUUUGUCGUCCCGGCAUACCCGUACCUGGCAAGUGCAGACCCCCCGCCAGCUGUCUGGCCGACGGGAGUUACGCGCCCGUGCAAUGCAAGGGAGAUUUGUUCACAGGGAGAUGUUUCUGCUCCGACCGCAGUGGGAACAGAAUAUUUGGACAAAUGUGGAGAGGCCAAGCGAAGAACAUGACGUGCGCGUGUAGUAGGCGAAGAGCAGAAUUGGAAGCAUCCAAGAAGCGAGCUGUUACGCUCCACUGCACACCCACUGGCGACUACGAGCCUCUACAGUGCGACAACGGACUCUGCUGGUGUGCGCAACCGAGGAGUGGCCAACCUACAGUGCUACCUGUGCUUCAGACAAAUAUGAAACUGCUUCCUUGCUACAAUACUGUCGGCAUGGGUGAAAGUUACCUAAGAAGAUGUGAAAGCGCGGUUCUGGCUUUGGUUGAGAUUCACAAGGAGCAAUCAGAACAUGGAACUACGUACUUGAGCAACUCCUUAACACUCUGCGAUUAUGACGGAAGUUAUGGGGCUUAUAAAAUUCAAGGCACAAGUGCUUACUGUACGGGCCGAGACGGUGCCAUUCUAGGAGCAUGGUCGGUCGAAUUAAGCAAGGUAGCCGGAAUGAAUUGCAAUUGUGCUCGCGACACGUCCAUAUAUUUCCCGGGCGCAGGGAUGACGGUGGCGGAGACGUGCGAGAGCAAUGGCAACUACAGGACGCACCAAAACAUCGGCGACUACUGGUACUGCGUGGACUCGGACGGCUACCCGAUCGAUUGCACUGCAUAAAUAAUGUUGGCAUCGGAUUCAUUGCGAUUUAGGAAAUACUUGCGAACAUGCGCGUUCAAUUUAAAAAAAACUUUGUUGAUUGGAGUUCGCGAAAUAUAACCCGCGACAAGGCCUUCUGCAGCGAUGUCAAAUUUUAGAUAAUCUUGGCACAAAUCAUGGAACGAUGGAUAAUUUUCCAAAUACCAUAAAUAUCAAUAAAAACAGCGUUGUAAAAAGAGCAUCGUAAUUUACACUUCCAACUUUAUUUAUUGCAUUUCUAAUGUUUAGUUCGUGCUCGUUUCUUCAGACGUUUAUUAAAUAUGAUGAUGACGAUAUUGUGCAUACACUCAUGCAUUGUUCUUGAAAAAUAUUCUACAAACAAGACGAUGCUACUAGAUCAACUCAAGACGGAGCAAAUCAACACAAAAGCAAAAACAACAAGUAAAGCGUUAGGAUUUUUGUCAAAAAUAUACAUAGUUAAUGCAAUUUAGUGUAAAAAAAAAUCGAAUUUCCUUGCAGUCAAGAACUAUCGCGAUAAUUUUAAGAAUAACAAAAUGCAAUCGUUACGGCCACAUGGCACAUACAUUACAUUCGAUGGUACCAUCCAUACAUUGCAUCGCCUCCUAAUAUAAAGUAAAGCUUGUUUUCUUUAAUAAGCCUUUUGGCUGUAGUUUCAUUGA